UGGAUGUUCAAAAGGUUCAGCUUUUUCAUUGACGACAGGCCGCAUUGAUUGGUUCGGGUGCUGUAAAAGAUACCUUUAUUUAAAGCGACUCUCCACGAUCUCUUUGUCGCUACUGUUUUUAGCGAUUUAUCAUCAAAUACCAAAGGUUUGAAUUAAAGCCGUGUAACAGUCCUUUUUGAGCGUGCUAUUGAUUUGAGUUUGAUAAAUGCUUUUCGUAGCAUCAUACAGAACUGAAACUACUUCUUAUACCCACGACCCUUUUGCCGGACAAAGACAAACCAUGCCAGCGGAUUUGGACCAGGCAGAGCCGCAAUUCGCCAAGGCGAUGGAGGCGGACGACCCGGAGAUGAUGCAGCGACUAUGCCCGACGAUUCUGUCCGAUUUCCGGGAGAUGACGUCGACCGGUAUGUUUGGGUGGACGGUGAUGCACUACCUUGCGGGGUACAACGCCGUGAAGUGCCUUGAUGUGCUCGUGUCCCUCACCGUGACCAGCAGCGGGCAAAUCCGCCCGCUGCCGAAGAACUACCUGGUGAAGGCGGAGCAUGUGAAUAAAGUCCGAGCAGAAAUGAUGUCGAACAACAACGCGGACGAAAAUUUGACCGCCAAGAAGCUCUUCUUUCGGCUUUUACUGGUCGCGAAGGCGUCGGAUGGGGAGGUUCCCAUGCACAUUGCCGCAUCGGAGGGGAACAAUAAGAUCAUCAAGCGGUUGCUGCAUUUGGAGAAGAAGUUCGUUAGUCCACCGGUGGUCGUCACGACAACCUCCGACCAGAAUGGGAAUAAACCGACCACGAAGCCGUGGCACAGUCUGCAGUGCGUCGCCAUGAACGACUCGGGAGAGACGCCCUUGCACGCGGCCAUGGAGGGUUUGCGGGGGAAAAACAGGUUCGAGCUGGACCACGUUGCGACGUUGAUUGUCGAGGGCGGAGCGGACCCCAACCGGAAAACAGACCUGGUGAAGAGCGGCGGCAUGGCAGUCGACGCCUUUCAGUGCGCUUACAUGUACAACGCGACCGCUCGCGGCGAUCUGUUCAAAGACAUUAUGGAAGAGGCUUACGAGAAGCGCUGCCGCGCGGAAACCUUGCUCUUGGCGGGAGGUGCAGCGCCGCUGACAGCAAGCAGCGGUACAGUACUGGAAAGAGCUUCCGGCGGCAGCCCAGUUUUUGCAGCGAACAAGAAGAGCACCAUGCUCACGGAAGGCGGGGAACACCUUCGCUCUGCUGUUGCCGCAAUUCUACAAGAAGCGGAUCAGCACUCCGCGGCUCAAAGCGGCAGUGCUACCUCCAGUUCACAUAUGCUCGCAAGCACUUCUUCCCAGAACAAGGAUGGUAAAAAUACUAUUCAGCCAGUGACGUCGACGGAGCAAUUACGGCAAACGCCGACGAAAGCGGGGGUUUCUGCAAGCCGGGCCUCGAGCUGCAGCUCCACUGCCGGAAAGACUUCUUGCGCGGAUACCAGGGACAGCACGCCGACGACCGUUGCCUCGCCAAAAGCGGCCUCAGGAGAGGAGAUUAACUCGGGGGAGGAAGAUAAUGUUGCCGGACCAGCAACAGAACCAGAAGGUGGCAGGAGAGGAGAUGCUGCUGUAGUUCUACCGAAUGAAGAUGAUCGGGACCAACAGAUCGGUCAAGCGCAGGAACGCCGACCGGAAAUCCGUGCCCCGGUGGUCGCAACGCCAACGAGAGCCAGAUUUGCUGGCGCAUGAGUAUUCUGAGGACAAAGAUGGUUUUUCGAACUUGGUCGUGCUGGACCGACAAUCUUGUAAAUGCCUACAUGAUGAGCUCUCUUUGAUUUCUCUUGCUCCAUCUGGGUGGAGAAAAAAAUGUUUCGGAGCUUGCAACCAAGUUCAUGUGAAAAGAUGGUGUACUAAAUGUACCACUGCCCUCCUCAAAGCGACCCGAAAAGCAUACGCGCACGAAUUCCUGCACUGUCCUUUUUUUGCAGCGAAAAUACUUGGCCUUUAGUAU